ACUCGUGUAAAUAUAAAUAUAAAUAUAGUUUACAGAUUUAUUACACCCUAAUUUUUGGUUCAUUUAUUUGAACAGUCAUUUCUCUUUCUUCUAUCAUCAUCUUCCUCCUACCAUCAUCCCUCUUCUCUCUCUCUCUCUCAUCGCUGCAAAUCAGUGUUCUUUUCUUUUCUCUUCUCAUCUCAGUUCUCACCCACCGCCGUGUCCGCUGGUUUUUUCCGGAUCUACCCUGUAUCCCGUGUCGGAAUCCGUGUCGGAUCGUGUCGACACGGGUGCUUCACCCCAAAUUGCCGAGUCCGGGUAACGAAGAUGAGAGGAGUCUUUAUGGUACCACCAAAAACUGUGAAAAGAUUAGUUAGGCGUUCCCUGAGUCAAAAGGUUCAUACAAACGCAGAAUCUGGAACCUGCAACGUGUGCUCUGCUCCUUGUUCAUCGUGUAUGCAUCUUAGUAUAUCUCAAAUGGGAUCGAAGAAGAAUGAGUUUUCUGAUGAAACUGAUAGUGUUGCUGUGGCAACUCAAUAUUCUAUCAAUGACGAUAAAACAAAUGACAGCUUACAGAAUACCCACAGUGAAGCAAGCAAUUUACUGAGUGUCAAUUCGAGUCAUGAUUCUUACUCUGAAAAUAUAGAAAGUAAAGCAACUACAAGGCCAUCUGAUGCAUCAGAAGAUGUUGGGAUUCAGAGAAACUUCUCAAACAAGUACGAUGGUUCCAAAGGUAUUGAAGGCCAUGAUGAUAGUUCUUUACUUGCUAGCAGAGCCAGCGGUGCAAACACAGCUUUCAGUUAUUGUAACAAGGAUUUAGACAGUAACAAUUCAUCUCGAAGUUCAGUGUCGGUUUGUAGUUUAGGAUCUGGAAAAGUGCUUUCUUCCCAGAAGGUAGACUUGUCUGAACUUCCUUCUGUAAAGGAGGUAGAUGACAGCAAAGUUUCACUGAGGAUCCAAAGUCCAUAUUCACAUUCUCAAAGUGACAAGAGUACUGUUGGAGGCAGUUCUGAGAUUUCUACCAAAAUCCAUUUGAAGUCAGAAGCAGAUACUGACAGGAAAGCACUGGAUAAAGCUGAUAAAAGCUUGAAUGAAGAUGAGCAUGAUGAGUCAAAUGAGUUGGUCGAGUUGCCUGGCAAGCCGGAGUCUCCUUUGCAAGCAGCUUCUGGAGAUGAGAGUUGUGAAUCUGUUGCUACUGAACUCGAUGUUAAGGUGUGUGAUAUUUGUGGGGAUGCUGGACGAGAAGAUUUGCUCGCUAUAUGUAGCAAGUGUGCUGAUGGUGCAGAGCAUACUUACUGUAUGCGAGAAAUGCUUCAAAAAGUUCCUGUAGGUGAUUGGCUUUGUGAAGAAUGUAAGCUGGCCGAGGAAACUGAAAGCCAAAAGCAAGGUCUGGAUUCUGAGGGGAAAAAGGCAAAAAAACUUAGCUCAACUACACAGAACUUAGGUAAGAGACAUGCAGAAAAUUUAGAGGAUGCUUCAGCUUCGAAAAGACAAGCUGUUGAACAAAAAAUGGGAUCACCAAAAUCAUUGAGCCCCAGUAAAGCAUCUGCAUUGUCUAGAGAGGGUUCUUUCAAGAACAUGGACAAGGGGAAAGUGAGGCCAUCUCCACAACUUUCUCUUGGCAGUCAUUCUGGUAACGACAUGUUGGAAACCACGUGCUCUCCUGCUUCUGGUCCAAGGCUGCAAUCACCAAAAGGUACCUUACUAAAAUCCAAUUCGUUUAAUGCCUUAAAUUCCAAACCGAAAGUGAAGCUUGUAGAUGAAGUUGCUCUUCAAAAAGAGAAAAUUUUUAGAAAACAUGCGUCCCUUAAUAGCAAGGAGGAAGCUUCUAGGGUGAUGGGGAAAUCUAUGUCAUUUAAAUCCACAAACUCAGGACGAUUAAGUACUGGGGAAUCGAAGUUUAAAAUGCUAUCAUCUAAAUAUGCUUAUGUUCAAGACUUGAAAGGAUUAAAGCAAGUUAAGGAGCAGAUAUCAUUAGAAAGGAAGAAUUUAUCAAAACUAGACCGCUCAAGUUCUACUGUCUCCACACCUAAAGUUGAUCAGAAGCUGACAACUCGCACAGAUACAAUUUCUCAUUCGUCUGCAAGCAACAGCCGAGAAACUAAGGCUGUUCGGUCUGAUGGAAAACCAAGUACUCUAUCAAGAUCAACCACCAAUCUAGUUCGUAAUGGCGUAGAAAAUGCAGUUAUUUCUGCUUCUGGAGUUUCAACCACCAAUGGGGGCAUUUCUUCUGAACAGAAGUUAAACCAAGUUAGCCUGAAGGAAGAACCCUCGUCAAGUACUUCAUGGACAGUUGAGAGGCAACCUAGUAAUAAUAAUGUAAUUAUAUCAGAUUGGCUGUCUUGGUCAUUAGAUUUGACAAAUCAGAGUGAGAGAAUGGGCCAUACAGCUGAAUAUUGCUCAGUCUCUCAGGCAUCUGGAGCUGAUGAAUCAGCUCCCAGGAAUUUUAAAGGGGAGAUAAACAAAGGCAAUAAGUUAAAAGCUGCAAUUGAAGCAGCUAUCCGUUUGAGGCCUCGAAUAUGUGAAAGAACUUCUCAAGAUCCAUCAUCAGUUUCUGUGAAGGCAAAGAAUAUGAUUUCCGUUGAAGGUACACAUGAAAGCCAAACCAAUGUUCAAAAUCAGACUUCCAUCGGCAAUAUGAAGUUGCUUAAUGCACAUUGCACUGAUGCUCUCUCUGUAGUUUCUUCUGUUGGCAAUGCCCCUCCUUUAGUUGCAGAGUCUGCUGUCUCUGAGAUGUCUGCGAUCCCAGAACAUGAAUGCAUCUGGCAGGGGGCUUUUCAGGUGCAUAAAAUGGGAAAACCUCCUGACUUUUGUGGUGGAAUUCAGGCCCAUCUCUCAACCCUUGCAUCACCUAAAGUGAUUGAAGUUGUCAACACUUUUCCCCUUGAAGUUCCCUUGAAUGAAGUACCUCGCCUGAGCACUUGGCCUACACAGUUUCAUAACAGUGGCCCUAAAGAAGAUAAUAUUGCUCUAUACUUCUUUGCCAAGGACCUUGAAAGUUAUGAGAAGUAUUACAAGGUCCUUUUGGAUACCAUGGUCAAGAAUGAUCUUGCCCUCAAAGGAAACUUUGAAGGUGUUGAAUUCCUAAUAUUCCCAUCCAACAAACUUCCUGAAAGUUGCCAGCGGUGGAAUACCUUAUCAUUCCUCUGGGGUGUUUUCAAGGGUAGAAGAGCAAAUUGUUCAGAUACCUCAAAGAGUGCAUACGUUCCUGAUGCAAGUAUGGUACAUCUGGAGAGAGAGAAAUCUACUGAUGUCCCUCAGCCAGUGGAGAAUGAAUCCGCAGCAUGUCACAGUUCAUGCAAUGUAGUAGUAACCAGUGCUGUUGAGAAGACUUGUAUCUCAACAGAAAGAGUUUCUGAUAGCAAGGUCUCUUCUUUUGGGAAGACAUAUGUGGGGAUAAAAGCAAAGUUGGAGGAGCAAGAUGGAAACAUUGAUAACAAAUACUUGUCGAGGAUUGCAACAAACAGCAUAAAGGUUCAUCCAGACAUGAAAUCCACUAGUCCUCUGGAUGAUGGCAAAGUUCCAGAUUGUAGAUUAGACACAGAACUCAAGCCUUGCCAUCAAGCUACAGAAACCAAUAUCCGGUCGUUUGAAGUUAAGAAAGAGGAAAUGCAAAUGCCUGUAGAAGAAGAUUAUCCAUCUUUAAAAGAUCGCCCUACUGGAAAGCAAGAGGCAGUUAUUGUGGGGAAGAUUGAUGGAGAGUAUGUUAAAACUAGAGUGUCUAGGGAUGAUGGAUAUGCUGAUGUAAAUACCUAUUCAAAGAGAGAUGUUAGCAGUUGGCAGUUGAAUCAUCGGAAACGCCCAUACUUGGAUUUUACAGAAGCAGUUCCAGAAAUCUCUACCGAGUCAAGUCAAAGAAUGCCAUGGAGUGAAGUAAGGAGAGUUUCCAUAGAUAGAGGAAGUGAUAACAAAAAGCUGAAGACGGGUUUCACUGGAAUAUACAAAUAUAACGGUGCUAGAGAUGAAGGCACAUUUAGUGAUAGUACCGCAUCAGAUAGACAUGGUCUGGGUUCUGGCUCUUGUGUUAAAGAGAGGAGAUGUAACAUUGCUUGCGAAGAAAAAGGUGUCCCCAAGGACAUGGGAAGUGGCGAAAGGUUCUUUCCCAUGGGGUCAGAUCGUGUUAGGGAAAUUCGGAUGGACUGGAGGGAAGAGCUUCUGGUAAAAGAUGAGAACAGAGCUGGGGAUGCCUCUCCAAAUCUUGAGCUUGCUUUGGGGGCUGAGAUGAGACCACCAAAUAAGGGGAUCCUGCCUUUCUUUGUUGGAACAGCAGACAAAAGUGAGAACCUGGAUAAGGUAACAGGAAAGGAAGAGGCGGAUGAUGUGUCUGCCUCGCUUUCCCUUUCCCUGUCGUUCCCAUUCCCAGAGACAGAAGGGAAUGUGAAGUCUGUAUCUAAAACUGAGCAGCUCUUGCCGGAAAGCCAUGGUGUGAAUACUUCCCUACUACUGUUUGGGGGAUUCCCUAACAAAUAGUAUGAUGGUGAUCCUAGGUUUGUUUAUAAGCGUUACUGUUGGCGGCCUUACAUGAAUGUUGUAAUACUUUAUACCAGGUCACUAGCUCAUGUACCUUCUUCCAUUGGGGCAUUCUAGGAGAAACUCACAUUCCAUCUGUUCAUAACCCAUAUAAUUACAGAACUUAGCAAUAAA